GGGGUUGGCAGUUCAUAUCAGAAUCCCUGACAGCGUCAUGAUAACAGGAUUGCCGAGGGUAGAGACGACGGAUAUAAAAGUGAUGAAAGGAGGCCUGAUUGCUCCCUUGCAAAUAUCUAUCCUAUCUAUUCAACUAUACUACAACAGCCACUAUGACAGACACAUUCAAAACCAACGAUGACCUUCAGAAAAAGGAAAGCCAAACAGAAGGCACGAUAGAGUCCGUCAACCUCGAACUCCUCGGCCUCUCGCAACAGACAAAACGCGACCUGGGAACCUUCCAGAUCAUAUGCGGUGGAUGGAAUAUCUGCAACAGCUGGGCUGGGAUUGUUGGUACACUGGCUAUUGGCAUUGCCCAGGGCGGCACAGUGCUGUUGCUGUAUGGAAUGAUUGUAAUGCUUGUUGCUGGUGGAUGCUGUGCGUUGACGCUGGCUGAGCUGGCCAGUGUGUAUCCCACUGCUGGUGGUCAGUAUCAUUGGACGUCUAUUCUGAGUCCGAAGGGUUAUAGCCGUGUUCUGAGCUAUGCAUGCGGUGCAGUCAAUAUCUUCAGCUGGGUGUCCAUCAGUGCUGGUGUCACUAUUCUUCCUGCGCAGUUUAUCAUCUCGAUGGCCAUUACUUACCACGAAGGAUACGAGGCCCAAAGAUGGCAUUACUUUCUCAUCUACCAGGUUGCUAAUCUCAUUGUUCUGGUGUACAAUAUAUUCGGUCUCCGGAAGACCUCUUGGAUUCAUGAUGUUGGCUUCGUUGUAUCUCUAUCCUCCUUUGCUAUUAUCUUCAUCACCUGUCUUGCUCGAUCACCGCAUAAACAAUCGUCUGAAUUUGUAUGGACGACAUUUAUCAACGAGUCGGGCUGGCAGUCGAAUGGCAUCGCCUUUCUCACUGGAAUGAUCAACCCGCAUUAUAUCUAUGCUGGAAUAGACGGAGCCAUUCAUCUCGCAGAAGAAUGCAGCAAUGCAUCACGGGCUGUUCCCUUUGCCUUGAUGAGCACUGCCAUUAUUGGAUUCGCCACCUCGUUUGCCUUUGUCAUUGCCAUGCUUUACAGCUUGACGGAUAUGAAUGCUGUCGUUGAGUCGGCAACUGAUGUCCCUAUCUACGAGAUAUACAUACAGGCAACACGCUCGACUGCUGCAGCAACGGUCUUCAUCUUUCUCCUGGUAGCCAUCGCAUUCUUCUCUCUCAAUGGAUGCCAGCAGACAUCUUCCCGUCUCACCUGGGCAUUUGCUCGUGACAAUGCUUUGAUCAUGUCGACAUAUCUCGGCCGAAUUCAUCCUCAUCUCGAGGUGCCUGUAUACGCCCUCAUUGCGAACUCGGCAGUCAUUUUCAUCAUCGGAUGUAUAUAUCUAGCAUCGUCAACAGCAUUCAAUGCCCUGAUCGGAACAGGUCUCAUCUUACAGCAGGUGUCUUUCGUCUUUCCCGCUGCGCUGUUACUCUUCCGCCGUCGUUCAACAGCGUAUCUACCUUCUCAUCGCUACUUCAAUCUAGGCAUCUUUGGAUGGGUGGCUAAUAUGAUGACGAUUGCAUUCGGGCUUAUGACAUUGGUGUUUUAUAACUUUCCAUCUGAGAUGCCGGUUGAUGCUGGAAAUAUGAAUUAUUCAUCCCUUGUGAUCGGUGCCAUGGCUCUUUUCUCCUUGAUUAAUUGGAUUAUCCACGCAAACAAGAGAUACAAAGGACCACGACUUGAGGUCGAGCUGAUAUAG